AUGGAUAACUUUGAUAAUAAAGUGUUGUGUGUUGGUGUUGAUGUUAACAGUGUAAAGUAAGUUUGGCAGUACUAAAGUUGGGUUACGUGGAUUUAAAGGUAGAAAUUUGGUGAAACUAGGAUAGUGCUAGAAGUAAGCAAAGUAGAGUUAUAUUAAAACUAGGCAAAGUCUAGGAUAAAACGUUUAAUUAAAUUUCGCUUUAAUUUUUCAGAACAACUACAAUAACAACGUUUGGAAUGAUUCCUUUUAACCAAAACGCCUUAGUCAUCAAAACUAAAUCACAAAAAAAUUAUGAAGGGAAUUGGCUGUUGCCAGUAACAGGAAUUCAAGUAUAUAACAAACGCUUGGACACUGCACCUCUAUAUGCUGCCUUGUCAACCACUUCGUCUGACAUCAGUAUUGGAUGGAUGGUGUUCAGCCGCGUUAUUCAAGCUCUUGGAGCUUUUAGAUACAAAGAAAGUGAUCCAUAUAUGGUGUUAUGUUCUAGACAAACAGAAUUGACGAUAUAUUUUGAAGAUCGACCGGUCUCUAUACCAUUUGAUGCGUUUGCAGAAUCUACAGCUAACAAGAAUUUGUGUAAAAUUUUGAUAACGGAAAAUUAUUCAAAUACGGAAAUGUUUAUUGGUGCUAACUUGUUGAUCAAUAAUGGUCUCUGUUUGAAUCGAGAAACGGAAGAAAUUAGAAUUUACAAUAGUGCGGACACGGCUUUACAAGCUUCUGAUGAAGGUGUAAUUUACACUGAAACUUAUUAG